UCCCGCCCAGCCGGAGUCGUUCUCUGCUGCCCCGCCGGGUCGGUCCAGGGUCUCCAGCGGGAUCUAGCCAGGAAGAUGUCUGACGGAUUUUCGCUAUCAGAUGCCCUGUCAGGGUCCAACAACCCUAAUCCAAAUAUGCAACCUAAUCCUUGGGGGAAUCAGCCUGGUGCCUUCUUAGGCUACCCCGGAGCACCAGGCGCAUAUCCCGGAGCACCAGGCGCAUAUCCCGGAGCACCAGGCGCAUAUCCCGGAGCACCAGGCGCAUAUCCAGGAGCACCAGGCGCAUAUCCUGGAGCACCAGGUGCAUGCCCAGGAGGACUGUCAGCACCUGGAGCAUACUUUGGAGGCCCACCAGUGCCUGGCACAUUUUCAAACACACCAGGAAUGGUUCCACCAGGGGCCUCAGGAAUGCAUCCUGUUCCUGGGCAGCCCCCAAGUGACAGAGGAGCACAGCCAACUCCACCACAAAGUGGACCUGGAGGCCUUUCUGUUCCAUUGAAAAUUCCUUUUGACUUACCCCUUCAUUCAGGACUUGUGCCUCGCUUGUUAAUAACCAUUACUGGGACAGUGAAUCCAAGACCAAACAGAUUUCAAGUAGAUUUGAAGAAAGGUGAUGACAUUGCUUUACACUUUAAUCCCCGCUUCAGUGAGGACAGCCGGAAGGUGAUUGUCUGCAACACCAAGAUUCAAAAUGUCUGGGGGAAGGAAGACCGAACGGCAUCCAGGUUUCCUUUUGAGGCUGGCAAGCCUUUCAAGAUCCAGAUUCUCUGUGAAGCAGAUCAUUUUAAGAUAGCUGUUGAUGAUGCUCAUCUCAUGCAGUACAAUCACCGUAUAAAAGAGCUGAAUCAGAUCACCAAGCUGUCUGUUACUGGUGACAUCACUCUCAUCAGCGUCAUGCCUUUCAUGAUCUAAGCCAAGCCUUUGGCUCAUUGCAGCCUGAUGCUCAAUAUCCCUGUAAAAACUGGUUGCUUUUUUUCCUAAAAGUCUAGUAUCUUUUUCUUAUUGGGCAGUGACUAAUAAAUAAAGUCCUUAAAGGC